CUUAUGAAUCAUGACAUUAUCUUCUGAAUAUGUAUACCACACUCGCUGUAUAAAUCCCAUUCACUGUCCAACUUGAGCUAAGAAGGUCAGCCCCACAGACAACAGGAUGAACUGUAUCACACUACUUGCAUGGGUUGCGAUCAGCUGUCUUUUGACACAGGCAGAAGGGGCCAGCUUUCCUGGUGUGCUGAAGAAUGAAAAAACCUCACGAGAAACUCAGGAUGAACUGCAAGAGCAGAUCCAUCAACUGAUUGAUGCGGUUGACACUGCUGAAGACGACGUGGAACGCCCAGACAACCGACGUGAUAUAGAUUGGCCCUGGGAGGGUGACUGUGGUGCGUUGCUGGAGAAUUGCAGCUACUCCGGCCCCUACUGCUGUGAGGGAUUAACCUGCUUCAGACCCAACCUGCAGUGGAGGGGCACAUGCAAAAUCCUCUCUGAGGUGGGAACCGUCGCGCCAUUAGUGAACACUGACUGAACAAAACAUUAUUUUUGUUAAAAUUACGAAUACAUUUGGCAUUUAAUUUUUGGUAUGGCCAUUUCCAUUGACGUGAACUACUUUUUAUAUGGAUUGAAAUUGAAUUCUUCAUGGGAAAAUGGUGAUCUUUCCUCCCUGUCCUGUUGAAAUAAAUUAGUUGCACCCC